CACGGUGGCAAAAGGAGGCAGCGACUUGUUUGCUCGGCGUGGAGGAUAUUUGUUGUAGAGUAUUCGGAUGGAUCUAUUGAGGACAUCUCUGUACGAGCGGGGAAUAAGAAUAAGCGGGGACCUAUAAAUACCUUCGCCCAACAGCCGUUGGCGCACCACUGUAGACUCACUCAUCGUCCUCUCGAUCGCCAUGGCCGGGGCAUCGACCAGGCUCUUGAACUCCUUCCCUACCCGUCCCAUUGCCUCUCUCCUCCUCUGCAUCUGGCCCUGGUCCCACCAGCUGAUGAGCAGCGUGCCGGAGAAGGGAGGAGCGGAAGAGGUCCUGGCGCUCGGUGACUCCGAUCCAGCAAAGCCUCCGCCGUUCCGGAUCAGCGACGUCCGAGCCGCCAUUCCUGGCCACUGCUGGGUGAAGGACCCGUGGCGGUCGAUGAGCUACGUCCUCCGAGACGCCGCCGUCAUCGCCGCUCUUGCGAACUGCGCCGUCUACCUGGAUAGCUGGGCCUUUUGGCCUCUCUAUUGGUUCGCCCAGGGCAUCAUGUUCUGGGCUCUCUUCGUUCUCGGCCACGACUGUGGCCAUGGAAGCUUCUCCGACAUCACGUGGCUCAACAACAUGAUGGGCCAUUUGCUCCACUCCAGCCUUCUAGUGCCAUACCAUGGAUGGAGGAUUAGCCACAAGAUUCAUCACCAGAACCAUGGGAAUGCGGACAAGGAUGAAUCUUGGCACCCGUUACCUGAGAAGAUCUACAAGGAACUGAAUUCAACGAGCAGAAAGUUGCGGUUCACUGUACCAUUCCCCUUGUUUGCUUUCCCCGUAUACCUGAUGUGGAGGAGCCCAGGAAAGGAAGGCUCCCAUUUCCUACCGAGUAGUAGCUUGUUUGAUCCUAAAGAUGAACAAGACGUAGUGGUAUCAACCAUGUGCUGGUCUGCCAUGGUUGCUUUGCUUGUGGGUCUAUCCUGGUUAUAUGGCCCCCUUCCGAUGCUCAAAUUGUAUGGCUUACCCUAUAUGGUUUUUGUUAUGUGCCUAGAUUUGGUCACUUAUUUGCAGCAUCACGGCCAUAGCCAGAAGCUCCCCUGGUACCGAGGCAAGGAAUGGAGCUACCUGCGAGGAGGAUUAACAACCAUUGACAGGGACUACGGUUGGAUCAAUAAUAUCCACCAUGACGUUGGAACUCAUGUCAUACACCAUCUCUUUCCCCAGAUCCCACAUUACCAUCUUAUCGAAGCAACGAAGGCAGCAAAGCCUGUGCUUGGGAAGUACUACCGAGAACCUAACAAGUCGGGGCCUCUUCCGCUGCACCUCGUGGGCAUUCUACUGAGGAGCUUCAGAGUGGAUCACUUUGUUAGCGAUGAGGGAGACGUUGUCUACUACCAAACUGAUCCUCAUUUGUUUGGAGAUAUUAAACACAAAUCCAUGUAAAGGAAGAACAUAUAUAUAUAUAUAUAUAU